AUGGAAAACGAAGAAGGCAUCUCUGUUCGGCCUAUGAGGCUCAAGGUCCUCUAUACGUUCGAUAAUGAGAGCAAAACCAACUGUCUUGCCAGGUGGCCUCACAUUCUGGAUAUCCAAACUGCCUAUCUUGAUGAAUCCACCCAGGUCGGCGUUAUUGAGCUAAAAACUUGCAUUCAGACCAUUGUCUCGGCAAGUCCUGAAUUGGUUGCGAAGCUUGGACGGGACUACACGGUCUAUGCGUAUGACUAUUCUGAAUAUGAAACACCCUUGGUUGGUCAAGGGAUGCUUUCCUGGGUUUUGGCCUCCGCCUCACCGACACCAAACGCACCCGCACACCAAUCUAAGACAAUAGUGACGGGGCGUGUUUGCAAAAAUUCAGGGUUAUUCGCUAGAGGUGCACAAGAAACCCUCGAGGUCAAGCUCCGCCUUGUCCCCGUACCAACUGUCCUCCAAAGCGAAUAUCUCGAAAGCAUGCAAAAGUACCGUGAGCUGAGCAAUGUAAUUCCACAUGAUUUUGAUGCUCAAGCUUGGACAGCUUUCUUAAAAUCAAACCCCGGUCUACUCUCAACAUCCAAUUCAUCCCAGCACAUUACCGAAUCAGAACACGCUUCACUCGACAGAUCUGGCCUAGAGAAGCUCCAGCAACUCUUAAGCGAUGGCUCGAUGCCUCGUGAACUACCUAAUGUUGGACCAGGCAGUUUCCGUGCUGAUUCUCCGGCCCAUUUCACGAACAACGCUCCCAGCCGUGCCUCAACACCAGGGGCGACUAUGUCGACAAACCAACAGAAGAGAUCCUCAGAUGAGAUACAUCGCCCAGGGUCAAGAGCUUCCAUACUAAACCCAGACUCAUAUAGAAGUACUAGCCGAAGGGGAUCUAUGAUGUCGAGCUACGGCAGCGGGGAUGAGGCAACAGAAGGGCCAGCUCCAAAGAGGGCUAAACUGGUUCGAACCGACUUUUCGGGGGGUGUGAAUACAAACAUUGAGCGCCAGCCUAAUUCUCUCCGGGUGGCCGCAAGCACUGCUGCAUCCGUCAGGAUCCACCGCCCAACUCCAAUUACCCAAGCAGAUCAUCCUCUACUAUCAAACGAAGAACCGGUUCGUCCGCCUACGCCUGUGCCAUCUCUCACCCAAGGCCCCAGUCGCCGUAAUCGUAUUGCUCCAAGCAAUUUGCGUCGCCAGUCCUCGAGCAGGUCUGACUUGUCACAGAAUUGUCCUCUAAUUGCCCCUAUGCCUGUAUCGAACAAUCGCCUUACCUUUGACUCGCAAGCCACAUCACCAGAAGAGCCUCAGUACCACAUGCUCGCAGACACACCGUUCAAUAUGCCAUCUUCGCCCCCUAUCAUGGAAACCAACUAUCCCCAGGCUUCAAGCCCAGGUCUCCCUCCCAUGUCUGACCAUGACUCAGGCUUUAUGAGCGCUCAAUUCGAUUCGCUAAUUGAUGACGAUAAUUAUAACGAGAGCUCCAGGCUCAAUCAAGGUUGCCCAGUAUCACAACCAUCCGCAGACCAACCAAAAGCCCUCAUGAGCAGCGUCCAACUUGAGAGCUCUGCAGGAGAUUCUGCAUCGACGUUACCGCCCCAGCCCGCCAGAAUAUCAAAUUCGCGCCCAUCUUCUAGAGCCAGCAUGAAAUCCGUUAAAUCUCGAGCUCCUGCCAGUCAGCGGGCUACCGGGUCUUCUCAGAUUCAUCGACCUACGGUGCCAGCUAGUGACCCUAUUCGCCCUCCCCAACCCUGGCAACCACAGUCUCAACCAGCCCACCCUCUGGCAAACGAACUACCACCUGUAUCUACACCCCGUCCAACUCAACAACAGAACCCGAAACCUCGCAGCGGAGCCGGUGCUAAGCGGACGAAACAAGUACAGGCCCGCCUUGAGCAAUGUAUUCGUGAAGGCACAGUACCACCAUUCUGUGAGAAUUGUGGUGCUAUCGAAACUCCAACAUGGCGUCGCGCUCAUUCAAAGAUCGUUCCGGGAACUGCGGAACAAGCCGAAGCCUAUAGUGAUGACCCAGCUAUUCUCUUUUGGGAACCGUCUGAGCCAGAAGAAGAUGGGACUUACCACUCGAUCAAAAUUUAUAAAAAGUCUCUUUCCCAUGAUGAUGUAGACUUUGUUCAACUUCUACUAUGCAAUUCAUGUGGAUUAUGGCUUUAUAAGUUCAAAACCAUGCGGCCCGAACACAAAUGGCAUAAGGGGGGUCCGAAGGAUAAGCAAAAGAGGAAGUCAAACAGAGUCAAACCUUUAGAAACACGCUCUCGUCGCAAGGCUCGCAAUGCUAGAGGCACAGAGUCAUCACCAGGCCCUUCAGACGCUUCGUCUCCUGACGGCGAUGAGGAGGCCACUACACAGGCAGAAAAUGAUACCCAACCAGAAGUUGAGACUGAAAGUAACAAAGGUAACUCAAUGCAGACUGAGAAAAGAAGGGCCAGUAGCGCUGAGCCACCUAAGUCAGCAGAGAAACACGACCGUUGGCGUGACGAAGAUCCAUUCGAGGCAUUGAGACGCGCUAUUCAAUCCAGCCCUGCCAGGAAUAUGGAUUCGUGCAAGCCCCCGUUUCCAGAGACGAGGCUCACCCCCAAGCCCGUCCGCAGAGCCCUAUUCUCUUCAAGUAAAGAUGGCGAGUCAAUUAAAACACUUAGUGAUGCAUUGGUCAACAGCUUGCGUCGUAGUCCUCGAUCAACACAGAAACAAUCCGCUGGGUCAUUGGAUCAGGAAAACAUUCCACAAACCCCUGCCGAUGGCCUCGAUCAUCUCUUUAAAGAUGCAGAUGACGACAAUACGCUUGAUUUCCCUGGCAGUCCCACUCCGAAUCGCCGAAGCAGAUCUGCUCGAUCCAAAAAGAUUCAUGAGGCUACAACUUAUACCUCACCAUCCCAGAAUGCAGCUAGGGUUUUAGCCCAGGGGCGCGCUCGCAGUGUGCCAGCCAUCUCGCCUUUUAAAUCUUUCCUUGAGAGCGAAAUCAACGAUAUUUCCGCCCUUCCAGAGUCUGACAUUUUUGACUCCGCAUCACUUGUCGAUCCGCAGCUGAUGAACUUAUGGUCGAAAGACACCACUAACCCCUCUCCUCGGGGAAAUGAUAGUAUGGAAGGCCUUGACCCAGCCGUCUUUUCCGCGAUGAUGCAAGAGAUCCGGAAUACAACUAGAGGCCCAUAA